GUCUAAGAAGCCUCUCAGCCACGCCUCAUGGGGGCAUGGGUGGAGGCAGGAAAAGUUUGAAGCAUCGAGCGUCUAAGAUCUUCCAGCAAGGACGAAUGUCUUUUGCAGCGGUCGCGGUGGCGGCGUCGAGUGACAUGCUGGGCGUACCUGUUCCUUCGGAAGCAAAUACAGCAGACGACCAAGGUUCUAACGACAACAGCACCUCUCCAGUCGCAGUCGUAGGCGGUGGACGGCCAUCUGCUCUUCCGGGUAUCGGUGGAGGAGAGGACUCCUUAUCUACGAUGAGGACAAGAGGGGCGCCUCGCACUUCUUCAAUCGGUGGAGGUGGAGGGCCUUCAUCACCUUUUUCCAGCCGUCGGACACGUAGCACACUCGUGUUAGCUGACGACGUUGCGAGCGCAGUGGUGAAGUUCAAAUCAACAGCUAGCGUGACGCAUUUAGAUGACGAACUCGCCGAUCUCCAGGAAGAGGAACAAGGUGUUGAGGGUGGAGGAACUCCAGAAGAUGGUGUCGUUCCUGUUCUUGGUGUGAUGGGAGCAGCUGGAGGUGCCAGUGGAGGAGGAGGUGCGCCUAUCAUGAACAUAGAAAUUCAACAUGCAACUCCACGGUUGUCUAAAAGACCAUCGUCUGGAACGCUGCUUCCUCCAUCACAAGUUAGCAGCUUUAAUCCUGCACCAGGCUCUACUUUGACCACUCCAAAUCUGGGAACAAGUGGAUCUAAACGUAAUAGCGUAGCAGUUCCAGUCGCAACACCUCAACCUCCUGCCUUGACCUAUGUCGAUUUGCUACCCGAUGCAGAGAUCGGCACAUUGAUUCGGGCUUUUGUUGCACAACCCGUGAUGAUCCAGUGGCAGAUUCAGCAUUUGUUGGUGCGUGAUCCUCCACGGGGUGGAAUACCAUUUUCGGGAACUACUUUCGAGUUAAGGCUACCUCUAUCUCUACCUCUAUCUCUAUCGUCAAUCAUGAUGAUCUCUGACUCUGUAAAUAAAAUGAGGGGUCGUUGUUCUUGAGAAGAUUAGACCACGACGAGAACUCAACCUCCGAAUUAAAAUGCGGAUACAACUCCUCCUUCUGAGGUGGGAUAGCCACGGGGAUUAUGUUAAACUAGGGAUCCUCAUUACAGCUCUAAUCGAACGAUUCGUCGAAAUUCUUGCCUCGAUUCGAAAUGGAGACAUCGCUCUGGAAUAUCCAGAGGAUAUUCUGUUUCAAUGUCCACCGGAGACGGACCACAAUUCUGGUGGUCGGCGUCUUCGUCCCGUAGAACGACUUCAGUGGGCGCAGGAAGAGGUUUGGCGUAAAGAUGGCACGGAAUAUCGUGUAACUGCCAUGCGAAACGAGAUUGCGCAUCCGCCUACUAGUAGGAGAACACGUGGAGUUUCGACUUUCGCCGGCUUGCGGGGAGGACGUGGCACUACAGCUAAUAUGUUGCUGGGUGGUAGAGAUUCUGCUCUUCUCGGAGGAACCUCAGCAGAAGAUGAUGAGCUCUUGACGGACGCGGCAGUCUUGACUCGGCCGUCUCUGCCUCGUCGCAUGCUUGGCGGGAUGUCGGUCUGGAAGUCCGGUCCGAGUCGGUUUCGCGCUAUGGUCAACGCUCUAUUAUGGUCAGCUACUUUUAUCCGUCUCUCACUCUCUUUCUGCCUCAGCGUCUUCUCUUCUUGCUACUUCAGCUCUACUAGGGAUGGAACAAUACAAGGUCGUUUAAUAGGGUACCAAGAAGACGCAAGAUUGAGGGACCAAGGAGAUGUAGAUGAAUCAAAUUCUUUUCUACUGGCGAGGCUAUUCCAUGUCCUUCUGGAAGUUGAUCGCAAAUAA